UCGCAGGCGUGGAGCUACACGGGCCUCGUCCUCCGCUGGCCAGAAACCACGUCCGCAGCCACGUGGCACAGGAUGGCGCCGCUGCUGAAGAAGCUGGCCAAGCAGCUCGCCUCACCGAGUCGUGACCUCAGCCUCGGAGUCGCGCUGCGCCAGAACAGUUUCGGGCCGGACUUGGAGCGCAUUGCCUUCAACCUCGGCAAGACAUAUCUCUUCCUCUUGCCGCCCGCCAUGGAGAACAGCAAUAACGGCCACACGCUACGCUACUUCAGCCAAAGGACCUUGGGCGCCUUGGACGACCUCAACCUCCGUUUCUUGAGCCGUAGCCUCACUGGCCGCCAGUGUUACCUGUUCCCUGCGGACACUUACACUUAUCGGGUGCAGCCGCCCGACACAACGCAUUCCCUCGGUCCCGGCAUCAGCGGUCCUGUGACCAAUCGCGCCGGACGCAUGGCAUUCUUCGAGACGUGCCAGAUCGCGAGCGCGUACUCGAAGCGCUACACGGAAUACGGCGUCGAGGCGCUCAAGAACGACUCCUUUCUGGCGUACACGGAACCGCAGCUGCUCGCGCUCUUCGCCGACUACAUGCACAAGUCCCUGUCGGCCACUUGCGUGGGCCUCUGGAACCCGCACAUGGACGAUUUCGGAGGCGUGUGCGGAUUCGGAGUGUUCCCGCUCUCUGACGCCCUAUUCCGUUACUACAACGACACCCACUAGCAGCGUCAGACGGGUUCCAGGACGUCAGGGCUGCACUUCCUCAUUGUCGCAUUGAUGUUCUUUUGAAUACACGAAGACUCUCACCGAUCAUGUCCGUUUACGCCUGGUAACAUGAGACGUGUGCCUUCUGAGUACGCGAUAGUGAUCAUGUGUUUUUGCCAUUGUAACGUGACACCUGCGCCUUUUCGACACAUGAUAGUGACCAUGUCCGUUUGUCAUUGUAACAUGACGCCCAUGCAUUGAACGACGACGUGACGCUGCGGUUUUGCGAAGUUGAAUACGCGUCCGGGUAUCUUACGCCGAUUACUUCGU